AUGACAUAUGGAUGUGGAGAGUUAGAAUCAUUAACAAAUAAGUGUUGGGCUCCAAAUGUGAUAGGACUGCUAGAAGAUGAGGCAAUACUACUUGUAACGAAAAGAACAACAGCAGAUUAUAAACUCAGAUAUAACGUAGAAUCGAAAUCGUUAAUAUCUAGUGAGGAUGCUGUAAAGAUUAAGUACCCAUUCGAGGAGAAGCCCCGUCGAGGUGACGAUGGUAUUAUCAUUGCGGGUAGUUGUAAUGGUUUGAUUUGUGCAUCCCAUGCUGGUGAUAUUUUUUACAUCUGGAAUCCAUGUACCGGAGAGAAUAAAGUAGUAAGACCGCCGUCUGGAUUUCAGCACAGAUCUUUCGGGUUUGGUUAUGAUUCCAGAACUCGUGAUUACAAGUUUGUCUCAGUUUACUGUCAUCCAGAUAGGGAUGUUUCUCAAGUUGAGAUAUAUUCUUUAGGUUCAGAUACAUGGGAAAACUAUCGUUUAUACAAUCCUUAUAUAAUUAGCGUAAAGCAUGGGGUGUUUCUAAAUGGGGCUGUCCACUGGCUAGCAAAUUUGCGUGGGGAGUGGCGAGCGCUUUCAGUUAUUGCUAUGGAUAUGGAAGACGGGGAAUUCAAAGAAAUACCACCACCAAAACAUAUGGACUAA